AUGGUUGCAAAUGACUACUUUCCUCCUUGGUUUAGUGUUGCUCCGAUGAUGGAUUGGACAGAUAAUCAUUAUAGAACUCUUGCACGCCUCAUGUCGAAACAUGCUUGGCUCUAUACCGAGAUGCUUGCGGCUGAAACAAUUGUUUAUCAAAAGGGUAAUCUGGACAGAUUCUUGGCAUAUUCUCCAGACCAACAUCCUAUUGUGCUUCAAAUCGGAGGCAGUAAUUUAGAGAAUUUGGCGAAAGCAACUGAACUUGCUGAUGUUUACGGCUAUGAUGAGAUCAACUUCAAUUGUGGAUGCCCUAGUCCUAGAGUAGCUGGACGUGGGUGCUUUGGUGCGCGUCUUAUGCUUGAGCCAAAGUUUGUUGCCGAGGCUGUUUCAGUAAUUGCUGCCAAUACAAAUGUACCUGUCAGUGUCAAAUGUCGAAUCGGCGUGGAUGAUCAUGAUUCAUACAAUGAACUAUGUGAUUUCAUUUACAAGGUCUCUUCUUUGUCACCUACUAGGCAUUUCAUAAUUCACUCAAGAAAGGCACUAUUGAAUGGCCUCAGUCCUGCUGAAAAUCGGAGUAUUCCUCCACUGAAAUAUGAAUACUUUUAUGGCCUCUUGCGCGACUUUCCUGACUUAACAUUUACAAUCAAUGGUGGCAUUAAUAAUAUUGAUGAGACCAAUGCAGCUCUAAAGACUGGUGCUCAUGGUGUUAUGGUUGGACGUGCUGCCUACCACAACCCUUGGCAUAUUUUGGGAAAUGUUGAUACUGCAAUUUAUGGUGUACCAAGUAUUGGUCUUACACGUCGUCAGGUCCUCGAGAAAUACCAAGUAUAUGGAGACUCAGUGUUACUAAAAUAUGGAUUUCGGCCAACUGUGCGAGACAUUGUGAAGCCUUUACUUGGUUUUUUCCAUUCUGAGCCUGGGAAUGGACUUUGGAAGCGCAAAGCCGAUUCUGCUUUCCAGACUUGCACGACAGUUAAAUCAUUUCUUGAAGAAACUAUGGUAGCAAUUCCAGACUCGGUUUUAGACUCGUCGUUUGCGAAAUCACCGCCUGGACGUGGAGAUCUUUUUGCUAACAUUGACAAUUUAUUACCUCCACCAUACAGAACAAGAGAUGAGGAUUCUGUUUUAUGCAAAUGA